UCUAUGGAGCGAACAACGAAAGAGUUAAAGAGUUUGUAGUCCUUGCCCGGGAGAGAGGCUGUACCGCGGUGGAGUUCGACAUGACCCUCACUGCGGACGAGGUGGCCAUCAUCUUCCACGACGACACCACAGAGAGGGUGGCGGGCCAGGGCGGCCUCAUCCGCCACAUGUCCUGGGACGAGACCAAGGAGCUGGACAUUGCAGCGACACACCCGUUCAGUGAAAAAUUCAAGAACGAAAGGAUACCGACUUUUGAAGAAACACUUGUUGACUGCAUUCAGAAUGACAUCAGGAUGUUUAUUGACAUCAAGCUGGAUGACCUGAAGCUAUCAUCCCUGAGGGCCAAGGACAACAAGUUGGUUCAGGUGAUCUUGGAUGCAUACAACCGUCACCCAGAAUUGUACAAGCUUGCAGUGGUGUCCUCAUUUAAUCCAAUUAUUAUCUACCUGAUCCGACGGGUGAACCCGGGCAUAGUCUGCUCGCUGGCGUACCGGCCGCAGUUCUUCUCGUACGAGUCGUACACGGGCCAGAUGGGCGGUGCCCGGCCGCGCUACAGCAACCUGCUGAAGCACCUGGCGGCCCAGGCCUUGGACACUCUGCACCUCUGGAUGCUGGAGCACCUGUUGCCCGGCGUCCUGGGGCUGUCUGCCAUCUUGCUGCACAAGGACCUCGCCAGCCCGGACGCCGUGACCGCGUGGCAGAACCGAGGCCUGCGGGUGAUCCUCUGGACGGUGAACAUGCCCUUGGAGAAGAAGUACGCCUCCAGCGUGCUCAAGGUCACCUACAUGACGGACACCCUGCUGGGUACCGCGGACGAGCUGAAACCGGCCACCGUUGCGAUGACGGCGUCCUAGCUGGCCGCGUUCCUCCUGCAGCGAGUUCCAGCACUGGCUGCCGAACAUGACGAGAGAUGAUUAUUUUUAUACUGUCGAAAUGAAUAGAGUAUUCUGACAAUGACGCCAGCCUUUGAAGGGGGGAGAUUUUUUUUUUUUUUGCAUGUAUGUCUACGCUGUGUAAAGAAAGGAAAAAUACUUCAAUAGUGUCCCAAGUGUUGCCAUGUUUUGGUGUUUUGUUCUGUAUUUAUUGUUCACUUGCUAUACUUCCGGUUGAUAUAGGCUGCUAUUGAUUAUUAUAAGUGGAUAUACAUUUAAACUUAAUUGUAAAUAUUUUGUAGUGAACAUGAUUAGCAUGUCUUUUUAGCUUUAUUAUUUAUGAAUCAGAAUUGGUUUUUGCAAUGUAACGUACAUAUUUGGUAUUCCUAUCAAAUAUUUGUUUUGUUGUCAUUGAUGAUAACAUUGGUAUUAUUGUAGCAUCCAGAAGUUACAUUGAUUAUGGGUGUAGUUUAUUUGCAGUAUAAUGUUGGUGUGUAGUUAUUAGUUUGGUAUUCAAUUUGUAAUGUUGAAUUACUGUGCAAUUUUUUGUUGGGUAGGAAUCAAGGGGGGGCUGGGAAAAUAAAGUGAAAUUUGAUUUGCAUUGAUUUGGGUGUUUUAAAAUUAUUAAGUGUAUGUGGAAACAUGCAGAGUAUUGAUUUUUUUUGUGCGCUUUUUUUGAUAAAAAUGUAAUCUUUAGUAACUAGGUUUUGAAAAAAUUCUUGAAUAUAAAAAUGGAAUUUGUCACUUUAAAUUGGAGCAGUAAGUUCAUAACUGUCAAUUUUUUAAAUUAUAUAAUGAUGACCUUUAGUUUAUUAUUGGUAUAUUAUUGUUUACUUUAUGUUAACAUUCUCUUUGGGUCUUUUUCAGACCAUUAAUAUUUGCGUACGUAGCAUUAAAUGGUUCGGGAUAUUAAGAGAUUGGCAAAAGGAUGCAGUAGAGACAUGUGAGCUGUGUAGUGUAUGCUAUGAAGACCUCGGCAGCUAUUUUCUAUGGCAUUAUUUCUCUCCUAUACAACCUUACUUCCUCUAUCACUGUGAUUACUACAAGAUUUAGUUAAAUUGGUACUCUGUUUCCUGCAGGAGUGUAACUGUCAUUGGUAUUGUAUUUUAGCAGCUCAGUUUAUGUUAGAGUGAUCUGGAUACAAUAUUUGAAAGGAGUUGAUGUAAAGGUGCCAUAUUUACAAAACCAAAAAAAAUUUUUAAGACUGAUUGUGUACUAUAGUAGUUUUGUUUUUGCAAUAACAAAUAACAGGAUUUAUAGCCCAGUUUCUCCCUUAUAACAGUUAAUAUUUAUUGAUGGUUUUAUACAUAAAUGUUGUAUGGUAGCUUAUCACUUUGUAAAUAAUUUCUGUAAGUUAUAAGUUAACAAAUGAUGUGGGUUUCUUUGCAAAAUUAUUUUUUGUUGUAAUUGAAUAAAUUAACUCCAUUUAUGGUUUAAUAUAUUUUUACAUUCAAAAUUAAUUUAAACUAAGAAUAUUGAAGUAGAUUGCAGGCUUUCACUGCAGCUGAACCUUGAAGAUCAACAUAGUUGAUAAGAAUAUUGAGUUAUAUGGUGUUACAUUUUACGAGCCAUAAUAUUGUGUCAUUAAAAUCAUGUUGUAAAAAUGAAUAAUUUGUAGGUUAAUUGUUUAAGUGUAGCAAAAGUGAACCUUAGUUAAGUACAGUAAGUCCUCUAUUUACGUCGUUUCGGAUUAACGUCGCUAAUGUUUGAGUACUCAUGUUUCAAUUUAAGUUGUCGCCGAUUCACAAUAACGUCAUUUACAAUGACCGUAAAUCUUUAUUUUAACCAAAACACCGUAUAUAAUUUGUUUAUAAUUCUUUGUUUCUUCGGUAGUUAAUUUAUGCUAUGUAGCGUAAGCUACACGUUCACCGCCUUAUCUUAUCAUACAUCAUGAGGGACGCUUCCUGCUCUCCGCGCGGUGAUGUAAUACUACCAUCAAAGGCGGCGACAGCUUCCAUGUGUGUAGGAAAGGAAUCGGAAAAUGUUCAAAGUGACUCGGAAUAAAUUGACAAACUUGUCACGUCAUCCUUUUUGGAAUUCUAUUCACAAUGUGUAGUGUAUUCAGAGCUUUUUCAUUUAAAAUGUUACAUAAAAUGAUAUAAUUUAUAUUGUUUGCGACGUAAAUUUAAAGUAGUGUUUCUCAUGAAAAAUAUUUUACAUUGAUAUUUAUUAGAAUUAUUCCCGUACAUAAAUUUUAAGAAUUGCGCCGCGCUAUUGUAUAACCUCUUUUAGGUGUUUAUUACUUCAUGUGAUUAUUUUAAAUCAAGGGCUCUCAAUGUUUGUCAUACUUAUAGUACUUUUAUUGUAUGUAUGCAUUUCUUUUGACUUUGUUCUUAACAGCCUCCAAAAGAAAACAGUUGUUUUCUCCCGCGAAUGACUCAAAGUAAAAUCUGUGUAGCGCUAAACCACUUUGUAUCCUUACACUUUGAAUGCAUUAUGCGUUUAUAUUACGUACAGUAUGUACUAUAUAUCUGUUUUUAUAUUUCAAUCAAUAAAGGUAAUAAAGCAGCUGGUUAAAUAACCAUUUUACAAAGCUGAGAAGUACCAGUUGGACUUGGAUCCUACGCUGUGGGUUGUAAUUUGCUGAUAAAAUUGCCCGUUGUCACGUCUGUAUGCCAGCGCUUCCGGCCGAGCUUGGGCCGUGGCCGGCCGGUGGCAUGAAACAUGGCUCAUUUUGCGUCGUUUCUAUUUACGUCGCGGUUUUCAGGAACGUAACCCCGACGUAAACCGAGGACUUGCUGUAGUAUAUAUUUUUCACAGCUACAAAAAGUUAUAACUCUGGUUUUGGCUUUUGUAGAGUGGUGAUUUCUUUGUAAGCUUAAGUUGACAUGUUAGUUUUAUCAGUGCAUAUUUAGUACCUGGGUAUGAUUUGUAUAAAUCUCAGGAUGUAUUUCUUAUGGGUUCAUGUCCAUUAAAUAUAUAUUGUACAUGCUUGUUGCAUUUGUCUACAGAAAUUUAUAGUUCAGUUUGGCACAGCUAUUCUUAAUAAUUUCUUAACAUAAAGCAUUGAGUAUCCUAAUGUUAAAACUGACAGUAUGCUAAUCUUCUUCAGAAUGGCGUGCAUUUAUCUACUCAAUUGGGGCCAUUGUUACAGAUAAUUUGCAUCUCAACAACGCUACAUAUCUGUGUUCAAUUCCUUUUUUUUUGCAAGGAGGAAAUGUGGCAGAUGUUGCCAGAGUGCAUAAGUUUUUUCUAUGGGUUCUUUCGUUUCUCCACCCACUCAUUCCGUCAGUGCUCCAUUCUUACAUCAUUACCUCCCAUUGUUUAUAAUGACACUGAUGUUGUCAAGUCUUUAGGAAGGGUACUUUUUCACCCUACUGCAGUUUCAUUGUCAAUCUUAGUGUUGGGAUAUUAUAUGCUAUUAUAGGUCUUUGCAAUUACUAAAACUAUGAAGAGCUUGGAACUUUUAAGGCUAUAUGAAAGUUUUUCUCCUUGUAUAAUUUUACGUUCAAUAGACCUUCCUUAGUAAAAAGGUUUUUUUUUUUAUUACAGUAUAGUUACUAUUCUUUUAGUACUGGCACCAAAGAACUCUUUGAUGUUUACUGUUUGUGUCUGACUUACUGUAUUUACCCAAAAAUAAAUGGCCUCUGAAUAUAAUGCAAUGCAAAACUUUUGUAUUAUGACUAUAAAAAAUUUUUUUGUAAUAGAAAUUUUAAUUCAAAAACAUUGAACUUGAAAAUUAUUUAAUUUAGUAAAUUCAUCCCAUAUUUACUCAACCUUUUCUGGUGCCCUUUAAUCAAUAGAGUGAUUUAAACUGCCUCUUUGGAAACAAAAAGCUGCAUUUAGGAGAAAAAAGUGGUGUUUUAUGACUAGGUUAGAAAGAAAAAGAAAGUGUGGGGUGGUCAAUUCGGAGGGUGAAUAAGGAGGGAGAGCCACAGUGAAUAGGAGUCGAAGGCCGGUAUUCCAAUACACAAAAAUAAGAGUUUAGGUGUUGAAUAUGCUACACCUGUACCCUAACCGUAUUUCUAGUUCACGAUAGGACACGGCCAGUCCCUUAUUUUUAGGGAACAGAUUUCGGUGUCCUAUCCGUUGCUGUUCUGUUGCCCAAAUUCUGUGCAUGUGCAGAGCUUACUUUUUCGUUCAAUUUUUCCAGAUGGCGGACCCAUGUUUGGCACCAUUAACUCAUAUAUUUUCAAUUUCGUGAAUAGUGGGGGACGUCCCAAAUGUAUUGUUGGUCAAAUGAAACUUAAUAAUUGCUCAACUAUCCUGGAAUACAUUUUGUACACUUUAAUGAUAUAACAAGACAUAAUCGCAAUUUAAAAAGUACUUGAGAGAGUUAGACCACCACCAUUUAAUUAGUGUGACGGUGAUGCUAUCUUUAUGAUUUUUUUCUGUAAUAAUUGUAUCAGUGGUUGCCAAAUGUCUGCUAGAAUGCUUUGAAACUGUUUUCUAGCCUCGUUCAGGGGACCGUUUAUUAAAACUGUUUCUGAUUUCAUUUCUUACUGGGAUUCAGUUUGGACAUGUCCUGGAAUACGGCUCGUGAGUUAGGUUACGGUUGUAUCCCAACAACGCAGUGCUUAUUCGCUACCUUAUCCGAACGUCUUGUAAUACUGUCCCAAAUGUCAUCCUCUCUCAUCUAUUACUAAUCUGCUUAGGUUUAGAAAGCCUCGGACUAAAGGGGCAUAAGUUAGGCAAUUUACAAGCAGAACUUGUUUUUCAAAAAAAAAAAAAAAAAAAAACAAGUUCAAGAGGCAGUAACUAACAGCUAUCUUAGUGGCAUAAAUGAUGCAGUUUACAUGCAGAGCAUGUAGUUUUUCAACUAAGCUGUUAUCAAUGGCAAGAUACAAGUUUGCGAUUUUAAUGCAAUCCCCACGUUUAGAUUCAAAAUUUGUGGUAAAAAAAUCAUUGCCUUAUAUUCAGGUAAAUGCGCUAGUUUUAUGUGGGUGAUCAUAAACAUGUUUAGAUUGUGCUGUUUAGAAAGACUGAUUGUUAUCUUAUAUGCAGUCGUUUUCCAACUUUGUGACAUUUAAUUUUUAUUUCAUCACUAUGUGAAUAGACAAGCUAUGUCACUUGUAUACAGAACAGGCAUUUGUGAACUUAACAGAGCAUUCCAGGUUGAUACAUUCUCUUCAUUUCACCAUAAAUGCUGUUUGCAAUUUGUGUAUUUUGUUUUGCUUCCCAGUGUACAUAUAUUUAUUGACUCACUUUUACUUCUUAUUUGUGGUCACUGCUUAUUUGCAUUUGUAAAAACUGUCUAUUCCAAUUUGUCUAGCUAGUAAUCCGCCUUGGAAAAUAACAGUAAGUUUAGAAAACUGUGAAGCUUCUAUCUGCGAUUAAAUCUUAAAACUAUGUGCCUUUGUAAAGAAGAGCUAAGAUUAGAAAUGUUGUGAGACUUGUGAAAUGAUUGAGACCAAAAAAAUUAUGUACUGUCUUUUUUAGUUUAAUAAUGGAUUUACAUAUCAUUGAGGCAGUAUUGUCUUGGGAAUUAACAUUUUUUUCAUAGCAAACAUUUACAAAAUAUUUAAUACUUUAAGAUCAUUCAUUACUGUCAUUCUUAUAUGCUAUGUUGGAAGCUAUGUUAUGAUAAGAGUUUAUUGCUAUAUUACUGAAUAAAUUGUGAGUUAUAGUUCAAAGCUUUUAAAAUGUGUAGGGGGCUUCAAGAGGAUGUAUUAGCUUCAGAAGCAAAAGCCAUAAAAAAAAAAUUUAACAUAAGCAUAAUUUGCAGCUAAUUUAUUAUUGCUAACCUUGAGAUGUCAAUUUUGCUUCAAAGAAUAACUAUUCUUAACUAGUUAAUAGUGUUCUGAGGAGGGUAAUAACUGUCUAAAUAUUUUAAGUUGUAAAUUGUUAGUGGUGGCUGUUAACUGAAAUGUGUUUGUAUCUAUAUAAAAAAAAACGCAUAUUAACACAAACACUUUCAAAACUGUUAAUCUUCUUGACAAUUAGCAUACCUGUACAGUAUAUUUCACUAUGACGUAUUUGAGAAUCAAAAUACGUAGGUAUUUCCAAGUGCAACUGUCGCCAAAUACCACACAAAAAUAAAUAUUGCAUGGAUCCCAGGUUCAUUGAUCCAUUUUCGAAAUAUGGAGAGGGAUUAAGUGGCCAAUGGGGGCACAGAGCACAGGUACAUUGUUACAGUAUCUUGCGGCCAAUGACAAACACUCAACUGCUAUGCAAAAAAAAAUUUUUGUUACAAAACAGAUACAAAUUUUAACGUCAAAAUAUAUAUGUUUCGAAAUAAUUUUUUUUACUAAUAUUCCUACACGUUAGUCCUGUAAUUUACUGGUUGUGUAGCUUUGCAUUUCUUAUACACAAACGGCCCCUAAAUGGUGUUGACUGCUAUGUUUGUAUUUAACUGUUGAAAACUAGAUCCACAUGUUUAUGACUUUAUUUUUAUGCCUAUUGACCUCAAUUUAAGGCUCCACAGGUUACAGAACAUCAUUGUGAAUUAUGUAAUUAAUUAAUUAAUCAAAAUAACCCACUUGGAGUAUUAUUAAUUAAUAUGUAUGUACAUAGCAAGUACUGUUAUGGUUUGUUUUCAUGUAAUGACUGAAGAAGUAGGCAGCUUUUGGUGUUGUAAAGUUAAUUGAUGUUUCUAAUAUCAUGGUACGUAGUUAUUGGCUUCCUUGAAAUGUUUAAGGGAUUUUUUUUUGUAAUGUUCAAGCAGUGCAUACCUCAAGCAACAUGUUAAUUUAGAAAUGUUGUUAGUUGUGUGAUCCUGGUUAUGUGUGAAAGGUUGAUGCUAUGCUUAUGAAUUUAUAAUAAGUAGAGCAAUAAAAACAUUGACAAUGUU